AACAUGUCCGCCUACAGGUAAGCACGUGAUAUUCACCCUCUGAGGUGACGACGAAAUGGUCCUUCGCACGAAUGCCAAUAAACUACUUUUGCCGGGUCUCCGACUGGUAAAUUUGACCCCUGCACGUUCUCUUAAAGGACGGAAGCGGUUUUACGCCAACGUUUCUGUCACUUCUUCGUCAGACGGCGUUAGCAGCUAUGAGGUGAAUCUAGAUCAGAGGAAGCUGAAAACUCCUAUGGGGAAGGUGUUUAAGGCGCCCAAUCGACCUCUGGCCCUGGCUGUGGCAGAGGAAUGGAAUGCUCAACGCCCAAGUAUCAACGUGAACCUCAUGCAUUUAACAGGGUUGUGCAACACUUGCUUGGACAAUCCGUCAAAGCUGACCAAAGAAGAUUUGAUAGGUUCCAUCCUCAGUUACCUGGAGACUGAUACCAUCCUCUUCCAUUCUGAGGAACCAGAGGAACUACUGGAACUGCAGAAGAAGGAGUGGGAUCCCAUCAUACAGUGGUUUCAAGAAAAAUUCUGCAGUAGUAUUGAAUCAUCUUCCAUGAUCUCAUGUCCUUUGAUUCCUAUAAAGGACCUUGAGACUUUGAGAGCUUACUUGAUGGCAUACAAUGACUGGGCUCUUCAAGGUUUUCUUUUUGGGGUGGAGGCAUUGAAGUCAUUCAUCUUGAUGACAGCCACAGUUGAACGUCUUGUGAGUGCUGAAAAAGCUGUAAAUCUGGCUCGAUUGGAGGCUGAAUUUCAGAUCUCAAGAUGGGGGAAGGUGGAAUGGGCUCAUGACCUUGAACUGCAUGCCCUCAGAUCCCGGCUGGCAGCUGCAGUCCUCUUUGUUCAUUUUAAUAGUCUAGUGGAGACUGUGAAGCAUAAACAGCAUGUGAGAUGAAAUUUCCAUUCUGUGAAGAACAAGUAGUGCAUCCAGGUAUUCAAGGCAUAAAGGAAUGGAAGUAUCCCCCUUGAACAUGGAAGAGUCCACAGACUUUAUUCGGUGUUUGCAUGGACUUCGAGGGUGAGAAUAUGCAUUUUGCCCUCAAGUUCUUGAUGGUAAUGGUCAUAGAAGUGCAAGAUCUCCAAAAUGCGGUCUCGGUGCCUCCUUUCUUCCAUCCUGUGAGAGCCAGUCAACACCUACUGGAUCAUUAUAUUACCAACACCCUCAAGAGAGAAAGAAGCAGUGAUUUGCAAAUGACCUUGUCUUACUUGUAACAUGAGCUUAAUAUUUAUUCCAUAGUAGAAGUCUCCUCAGUUUAUGGACCAUUGAAAUAACUUGCACAAUGUUUAAUGUUUGUACACAUUCAUUUGCAAAUCACUGUAAGGAGUUACCUUUGGAAGUUUCUGACAGUGCUGUCUUGUUUGUGGCUGAGCCGCUGUUGGUACAUCCCUUCCUGGUACUCAAUGUUGUCAAGAUCAACCGUUAACAGAAUUUGAUAGCCUUCCUCAAGUUCCUGAAUUCAUACCAAUGUUGAAAUAAUAAUAGUUCAUUUUUAAUACUAGACUCAAGGCAUUCUGCCAUU